CUCGAGACGGGCUCGACGGCGCAGCCGGGGAUGACGACGCUCGGUGUGGCGCUGGACCUGGUAUGUUCUCCCCUUGACUCCAUAGACGAGCCUGUCUGACAUGCUUGUCCUAGAUCAAAUGUGCGCGCAUCGGCUGCGAUGCGCUUCGUCCCUGGCUGACCGCGCUUUUCUAGCUGUCACUUCCUUCGGCAACAGCAACAAGCCAAGUCUGCUCGUCGAGACGAGCGUGCCCCUCAUCAACGAUGAUGUGCCGUCUGAAUCUAUCUCGACGGGCGUCCGCAUCUUCUUGCCUAGCGACGACCUUGACUCGGCAGUCUCGGCGUUUGAGCUGCGCGGCUUCAAGGUGCAAGCCGCCGAGGGCCAGCAGGGCAGCCAAAGUCUGCCGUCGGAUGCUCUCGCGAUGCCGCCGCCGCCGCAAGGCUCGAGCUCCAAGUCGAACAGCAGCAAGCGCAAGACGGCGAGUGUGCGCAUUCAACAAUUGCCCGAGGGCGUAGCGGCAAGCAUCGCCGAGCAGUCCGGGCCCUUCAUCGGGCCCGCGGCGCAGAAGGCCAAGGCGAGCGUGUCGCCGAUGAUCGACUCGGAGAAGUCCUACCAGCACGACGACGACGGACGCAUUAGUAGCGCGGAGUUCGGCCUCAAGACGCCGAUGCCCGGUCGGCAGACCACUGCGUCGAUCACCGAGAGCGAAGAGGAAGAGUCGGAGGGCGAGAGAGUCCAGCCCGUCCCGCGGCGCGUGCGAGAGGUGGGAGAGACGGAUAUGAGGCGUCUAGCGUCGACGUCUGUGAUUGAGGAGAGCAGUAAGAGCAAGGAGAGCGUGUGGGAGGAUGCUUCGCUAGACCCGGCAGCGUCAGGACGCAACUACCCCAAGCCGAACGCUGCCAGCAACAGCCGUCGUCCCGAUCCGCGAGACAACGAGGACGAGGCGCAGCGGCCUCAGCUGACCUCGGACGACCGCGAGGCAUCUCAACCUGAACCGUCUGCCGACGAGCGCGAGAGCACUCAGCCUCCUGCAGGCUCAGCGAGCGGCCGCAAAGAGAGCGCGGCGGAAGUCAGCGCUGGCAUUCAAGAAGCCACACAGCCUCCGACCGGCUCUGGCGAGGGCGAAGGACAUGGCAGUGGGGCUAGCGCGGAGGAACACGAGGCCGUGCGGCCUCCUUCAGGCGUUGCAGGUGUCGGAGAGAGCGGAAAAGAAGGUGCGCAUGACCAGAUUGUCCUCUCAGCGCUGCGACUGACACGCAGCAGCAGUAGAGCAAGCACUGCCGCAGCUCGGCCGCAUGAUUGGCGCCACGCAGGCCUCGGCCGCCUCGCGUGAGCAGGCGAGCCGGCCAGUCGAGCCCUUGACUGCGCCUCCGGCCGAGACG